AAUUUCUAUAAAAUCUAUAUAAUUGCUAGAUUUACACGGAGUAUAAUUUAUUCAGAUGAGAAUUUAUUCUUAUUAUUAUUCUACGAUUGUUGUUUUCAACAGAGCUGGCCGGGGAGGUUAAGAACCGCCAACGGUAAUGUUUGUUUGAUGAUGAGAACGCUAUCUCAGACAUUUCGCUCCGUCAAACGCCCAAUUCCAAACCCUAAAUUAUCUAAAUCAUCAUCUCCUACAAAAUCCGAAUUCAAAAUCAACGCCAAACCGAAGUCAGACCCAUGGUGUGUUUAUCUCAUUCUCUCCACCAACCUCCCAAUCAAAACCUACGUUGGCGUCACUACCAAUUUCCCUCGCCGUUUAAGACAGCAUAAUGGUGAACUCAAAGGUGGUGCAAAAGCUUCCCGUGCUGGAAGGCCAUGGGUAUGUGCAUGUAUUGUUUGUGGCUUUUCAGACCGAAGUGAAGCUUGUGUAUUUGAAUCAAAAUGGAAAGCUUUGACAAGGAGACUUCCACGCAAAAAUCAAAACGGCGAAUCCUCCAAGCAAAGCGAAGAUCCCUCACGCCCACUGCUGCAACACAGACAAGCAGCUUUAAAUAGAGUGAAAACCUCACUUGACUGCACAGACUUAGAAAUUAAUUGGCAUUUGGAUCCACUUUGAUUCAACUACCAUGAUGUAACUGUAAUAUAUUCAAAUGGCAAAACAUUGGCCAAAUAUCUAACACCAACUGUACCAUACACAAUUAUUGAUUUUUUUAAUAAAAGAUUUCUGUAUAUUUGAAAA